CUAGUAUAUAUAGGUGGGUAAGGGGGACUUUUGAGUUCAAUUCAACCAAAGUUGUUCUUUUUUAAUUUAAAUAAAUAAAUUCAAAAAAAAAGAUAUUAAUAUUAAUAUUAUUGUGGAAAUUAAUAAAUAAAAAAAAAUGGGGGGGCAGCCUUGCUGCGACAAGCUGGGGGUGAAGAAGGGGCCGUGGACGGCGGAGGAAGACAAGAAGCUGAUCAACUUUAUAUUAACAAACGGCCAAUGCUGCUGGCGGGCAGUCCCCAAACUGGCGGGGCUCCGCCGCUGCGGGAAGAGCUGCCGCCUCCGCUGGACUAACUAUCUCCGCCCUGACUUGAAGCGUGGGCUUCUCAAUCAGGCGGAGGAGCAGUUGGUCAUUGAUCUUCACUCCCGUUUUGGUAACAGGUGGUCGAAAAUCGCAGCAAGAUUGCCAGGAAGAACAGACAACGAGAUCAAGAAUCACUGGAACACACACAUAAAGAAAAAGCUCAUCAAAAUGGGCAUCGAUCCGGUCACUCACGAACCCCUCCACAACGAAACUACCAACAAGGAAAAUAGCAACGACAACGACCCAAAAAACACACAAUCUCACACACCACAAGGUACUUCUCUAGGCCUGGAAAACGGCACACUGUCCCCAGAGGGGGCCACGGCCCCCUCUGCGGCCAGCCUGGAGGAAAAUUCAUAUAAUUCACCAGCAUCGACUGAUCAAAACAGUACUUCCUCCGAAGAUACUGAAUCGAACAAUGAGAAAUUAUACGAAAACGAUCCCUUGAUUAGCUGCCUAUUCAAUGACGAAGAUCCGAUUAUUGAAUCUCCAUGGGAAUUAUUAUUACAAGCUCAUAGUAAUGAACAAGACAAUUUGGACAGCUUUUGGGCGAUGAUGCCUUGGGAAGAAAAUUGCCCAUGGUUGUUGGAUUGUCAAGAUUUCGGGAUUCAUGACUUUGGUUUCGAUUCUUUUAAUGAUUUGGAAAUGGUCGACGAUGAUGCUUUUAAUCCCGAAAAAUAAAUAAAUGAUCACCAAUGAAGGAAUCAUCAUGCACAUAUUAUUAUUUAUAUAUAUAUAGUUUAUUUUUAUUUUUUGAAAAAAAAAAUUGGAACCUUUUUAAUUCCUGUGAAGAGGGUUCUCAACUGUCAAAAUUAGAGAGGGAAUUAUGAAUUUGAAAUUAAAUAUAUUAUGUCAUAUGUGCCACAAAAAGAAUGGGCACACAUAGUGUAGAUAGUGGUUAUUAUUAUUAUUAUUAUUAUUAUUAUAUAUAUAUGUGACAGAAUAUAAUGUACAUGUAAAUAUAUGUAUAUGAACAUUAUCUUAUAAUUUAUGUGUUAUUUGUAAUUUAUCAUGCCAAUAAAGAGGAAGCUCCUUUUGCUCUU